AUGGCAGAAAUGACAGUUUCAACAGAAGACAAAACUGAGCUGGAUUAUCAGUUAGAUUUUCUGAACGAUGACUACUUUUAUAAGAAUUUUUUCUUCGAAGAAAUUCCGUUUGGUCAACAUGAUGUUACUGUUUCGCAGCUCCUUACUGUCGACACGCAACAACUCUACGACGCCAAGAAUGAUACUACUAAUCAAGCAGAAAACAAAGAGAACACCCCAGCAGAAGUGAGCAACAGUAGAUUUCAGAAGCCGCUGUCUACAGUAGAUAUCAAGAACAAGCAGAGGAACGCUGUUCCUGCCAACACGACUCGAAGUAAUAUAUGGGCGAUAAAUGUGUGGAAAGAAUGGGCCGAGAAUCGCAACCUGCAACCAGAAACUGCAUCGGAACCGGGCUUUCCAAUUCCUCUGGAUAUCGGAAACUUUCAGUCUUACAAGGAAAUGGACUUUUGGCUUCAACGCUUUAUUUGUGAAAUUAAGCGGAAGAACGGUGAACCCUACCCACCAGCAACUUUGCAAAAUAUUGCAGCAGGAAUUCAACGUUAUUUACGUACAGAGAAAUCGAUGCAUGUAAAUUUGUUUAAAACGGACGAUCCCACAUUCGCGGAAUUUCGAAAAACAUUAGAUUCUCAUAUGAGAGAGCUCACCAACCAAGGAAUUGGACUAGAAAUAAAGAGUGCCGAUGCCGUGACAGCGGACGACGAAAAGAAAUUCUGGGAAACAGGAGUGUUUUCAAUGUCCAGUGCAAAAGGAUUGAGCAAUGCAGUGUUUUUUUACAACGGCAAAGUAUUUGGACUACGUGGAGGGGAAGAACAGACGGGACUUCUCGCUGAACAGUUUCUUCUUGGUUAUGAUAGUGUAAACAACCGCCGCUAUGUUAAGUUCCAGCCAAGAAUUAGAAAAAAUGCUCAAGGUGGACUUAAACAGUCAAAAAAGGCUCGCGGCCUAUUGGAAGCAAUAGUACACUACGACCAAGAAAACAGUGUUGAUUAUAGUAUUUAUAGGUUGUAUGAGACUUACUUAAACUUGAUACCUAGAACUGGAAUUGCUAUCGGAAAUAGGAAUAUCAGCAACCAUUCCGGGAGAGUUACACUUUGUACAACUCUGUACAAUCAACGAUACGCAGAAAAAACGGUAAUGAGUCGCUCCAAACAUGUAUCCUCUGCGGUCCAGCGGUACCAACGUGAACAGUUUCCUCUUAACUCUGAUGUUUCUCGCGAUCUGGAACCCAUUUUGCCGCCAGAUCUACAAAGGAGUGAAUCUAAACCAGACUUGAAAAACUUGCAAAGUAAAGAGAUAAAACAUGACUUGCAAAAACCUGUUACUUCUAGUGUGUUGAAACCGGACAGCACCAUAACAGAAUUACCAAAUGAAAGCGAAUCUGUAUUAACUGUGAACGUACCAGCAGGUGUUCAGAAAGUCAUGAUAGUUACACACACUGGUAAAAAAUUUGUGAUGGAAAUUUAA